CCUCCAGGAGCUCUUAUGUAAACACAGGGUGUGUCCAUGUACCUCUCGCCUUCUUUAUAAUUCACAGAGCUGUAAAGCUUAGACCGACGUCUCCCUGCACGACCAUCAGCAUUAUCUCUUCCCUGAGGAAUCUGUACAAUGCUCAUAUCAUGAACACACCUUUCUGAGAUCUUUAUGGCACAAUUCCCUAUAUAUAUAUAUAAAAUAUAUACGUAUAUAUAUAUACAUGGGGAAACAUGGUGUAUAUGGUGCCUCGGCCCUUCUGUGUGUCUAAUCUGAGCCCUACAGUAGGAAGUAGGAGAGUCUGAGUCACAGGGUUCAGCACAAGUCAGCAUACCGCCGGUUCACCAACCAAAUUUUUUCUCUUUGUGUUCCAUGUCUGAAUAAAGUUGGAAAAUACCAGACUGGGAGAGGAAGAGGAUCACUCCGCCUCCCAACUCUCCCUGAGCCGAAAAGAAACUCUUUCCUCACUGAGCUUCUCUGCAAUCUUUCUUAAAUCAUGCGCCAACACAAACAUGUUUAACUAAUCUCAACUAUUAAUCUUGGAUUAUGUGUUGUAAAGUUUAGGCAAGCGAUCCCAGGGGAAAGUUUGCCAGAGUUGGAUUAGAACAGCCUGUAGAACUUGUGCCUACAAGACAUAACGCAGGGCAAAAACCAACCCUUUCCCCCAACUCUGUGACUGUGACUAAGGCUUGCCAAUAAGUGCCUACAGAGUAAAUACUGAAGUUGCUAAGAUACAGUAUUGUAAGGCGGUGUGUUUGACUGUGUUUCCGUGUAGUGUGACACCAUGGGCUGCAGCGGACCGGAAGUAAGGUUCUGACCAGGCCAGAGGUGCCAAAGAAUAUAGGGGGCUGGAGAGAUGCCUGUUCUUGGUUCAGUUCCCCCUCACGCCGACCCCAGGUAAGGUUGCAUCAGAAAGGCUGUGAGAACUCCAUUCACUUCUGAAUCACUUCUUUAUAUUUUUAAAUAUUAUAUUACUGCCACCUAAUGGGUGUAUUUUCCACUCUUGGAUUAUCUUGACCACUUAAGAAAGUCACAAUACACACUGUUCAAUUUAAAUGAUUUAAGAAAAAACAUUUUUCUUGCAUGACAUUGUGAUUUUAAUCCCAAAAACUUUAAUAAAAAUGAAAACGUCCAUCGUAAAUACUUCCUUAAUAUUUGGACUUACUGAAGUGUUUAGUUUCAAAGUUCAAAAAGAAACAAAUUAACUUGAGCCGCUGCAUGUCCUCAGGUCUUUAAAAAGUAAUGCAAUGUUCCCUCUUUUUCCUGACAUUAAAUUACUGUUUACUAAUUGCGAACAAUCUGACUUUCCUGGGAGGAAAAGCAGCAGCUAAGAGAAAACCUAGAAUCUGGGCAGGCGUGGAUGUAGAUCAAAGACGAAGAAGAGGAGGGACAGUGGGAGUGGUGAGGUAUAAAGGAUCGGCAGCAUCCGUUUCUACAUCACUCCUGCUCCUGCAAGACUGACUUUCACUCCAUCUCUCUGACUCUCAUCCAAGCUACCACCAUGUCUGACAUCCAGCAAGCCAUGGCUCUGCUCAUCAAUGCCUUUGAUAAAUACUCAGGCAAAGAGGGCGACAAAUUCAGCCUGAAUAAAGCCGAGUUGAAGGAGCUGCUCGAGAAUGAGCUUGGAACCCUGUUGGGGAAAGCCAAUGACAAGGCGGCGGUAGAUCGCAUCUUCAAGGACCUGGACAGGAAUAAAGACAACAGCGUGGACUUCAACGAGUUUGUCACUCUGGUGUGCUGUCUCACUCAGAUGUGCCAUGAGUACUUCAUCGGCAAGAAGUAGAGGUUUAGGCGCCGCCCUGUGGCCAGCAUAGAGAUCACGGCAACACUUUCUUUUUAUAGAAAACCUAAUGAAGGAAUUCGUAGUGACUAUUGCUUGAAAUUAUGUAUGAAAUGCAGAGCAAAUCAAAUAAAGUUCUUUUUUUGUUUUAACUUUUUUUGCGUUAA